GAGUGGGAACUGGCGCAGUCGAAACCUUAGUGUCGGAGGACUUAGACCUUAAAUUAUUUAUAUUAUUUAUAUAUAAGUUUAAAAUCCUUUAUAAAAUGCGUGUAUACUUGUGUUUAGCCGCAAUAGCUGCGGUCAUAUCUUGUGUCACUGGCAAUGCUCUUCCGUCGUUCAUUAAGGCGUGCUCAGCCUCCGAUCCCAACCUGAACCAAUGUAUCGAGGACGUCAUAACAUCCGCGGGGCCCAAGUUCGCUCGGGGCAUCCCUGAGCUGGGCAUCAAGCCUCUGGAUCCUGUAGAGCUGGGCAAGGUGGUCGUCGACAACCCCGCACUCAAGCUUACCUUCGAAGACACCGUCGUCACUGGACUGGCCGGAUUCAAGAUUAAUACUUUCAAGCUGUUCCCAGAAAAAGGCAAAGCAAUUGUCGACUUUACAGCCAAUGUGACUUUAAAGGCUCACUACAUAAUGGAUGGUCAAGUACUCAUCCUACCUAUCAAGGGAGAUGGACAGGCCAAAAUUAAAAUCACAAAUUUAAAUAUUAAUAUAAAAUACGACUACAAAACAGUCGACGGUUUCUGGACGGUGACAGCACACAAGGAUGAAUAUAAAAUGGACAGAGCACAGUUCAAGUUCACCAACCUGUUCAACGGAAACAAGGAGCUCGCUGACACAACACUCAAAUUCCUAAACGAAAAUUGGAGCAUUAUAAUGCAAGAAAUAGCGCCGCCCGCCAUGGAUCAGGUUAUAGAGAGCUGUCUGGCGGAAGUGAAGAAGUUCUACUCCGUGGUGCCCGCGGACUUGCUGCUGGCCAAUUAAUGCUGAAACAAUAGACGCAGUGAUCAACGAACAUUGGGAACCAGUGAUAAGAGACAUAGCGCCAGUGGCCUUCAAAACAAUCAUCAACGCGUGUGUCAACGAAGCAAAAAAACUCUACGCUGCAGUUCCCGCUAAUCAACUACUUCUACCUUAAACAUUUAUUAACAUUCAAAAAAAUAUAUAAAAACAUGAACCGCAUGAAAUAUACACAACUUAUUUUAAAUAAUUCAUGAUUUUUUUUUAUUAUGGUAAUGGUAUCAUACUUUGGUUACGUUGGAAUGCUAGGAGGAAUACAUUUAAAAUAUUCAUAAGUUCACAUUAUCCGCUCUCUAGUGUGAGACCAGGUUAAUAAUCAAACUAUUAUAGUAACAUUCUUUUUUAUUGAAUACGUAUAGGAGGCGUCCUGAUUUCUAUCGACACAUUAUCAUUGCAAGAAGUCAUUGUUUAUGUCGGUUUUACAAUUUCCGUGACGUGUAACUUCCGAAAUAUAUUGCAACGUAACGAAACUCAACGUUAUAACAUAAAUACAUUUUCCACUUUGUUUUCUAGAUAAAAUUAAAUUAAAAGAUAAGUAUCUUAAUAUAAUUUUAAAUUGUAAUAAAAAAGAGGACAUCUAUGUAACGCACACAGCAUCACUGGCCGAAAUAAUAAUAACACUAUCAUUAAAAAAAACAAAGUUCAAUAUAGAUAAGAUUAUUGUGAUAAUUACAUGUAAGUUAGUAUUUUAAUUUAUAUUAAAUGUGCAAUAAAAAUAAACAAGUUUCUUAAUUUA